AUGGGUGGCCAACUCACAAAAGAACAAGCUCGUUUGCCUUUCGGAUAUGUUCCCAAGUCAAUACAUCAUCAGCGACAAUGCAUAUCAGGCUUAAAUCCAUCAACAUUACGGUCUAACGUACAUCCGUCUUCAGAUAAUCCCGAAACGCUCUUUAAUGACAUUGGUGAAUUUAAUGGUACUUCUCACACCAUGUCUAGUCGUCCUAUUUCAAUAACGCCUGUUGGUGAAACCGCGUCGAUUAUUACCGUAACAACAGAUACUAUUUCACCUGAAGUUAUGAUGGAUGUGGAUAAACCAGAAGAUGAUAAUUCUUGUUGUCAAGGGUUGAUGAAUGGAAUGAUACCGGAUGAAUUUAAUAUAAAUGCUGAUUUGUGUCCAAUAGUAUUCAGCGAAUUACAAAAUUUUAAAAAUAUUGGACUUUGUCGGCGCGAAAUCGGUUAUAUGAAAAAUUUGACAACACUUGACGUUUCUAAAAAUCGAUUGGAAUUUAUUCCGGAUACUAUUGGAUUUUUGUACAAGUUGCAGGAAUUAAAAUUGUCAAAUAAUCAAUUAACAUGGAUACCGUCUUCCAUUGGUUCUCUCAAGAAGCUCGGUACGCUGUUGCUUGAUGAUAAUAAAAUUACAGAACUACCACCAGAAAUUGGUCAAAUGAAGACUCUAGUCCAUUUGGAUGUACGAGAUAACCCGCUCACAGUUUUACCUGCUGAACUUGGACGGCUUCAACAACUUCGGAAAUUGCGAACUGAUGGAUGCCCUUUAAAAACAGAAUUUGUACAUCAACUUACGCAUUCUCCACCGACGUUGAUGGAACUUGCUGCACGUACUAUUGUUCGACUUCAAGUUCCAAUAUUAGAAGAUACAACUGAUCAUAUAAAAGAUUACCUUGCUAGUGCUAAAAAAUGUAGUUUUUGUGCCGGUCCUUAUUUUGAAAGUUACACAAAACGCGGUAAAAUCAUUGAUAAGAACGAACAGCAUAUUCCCCUCGAAUAUCGUUUAUGUUAUCCUCACUGGAACACUGAACAGGAACGUGUUAGUCUAUUAUUUUGCGCAUUACCUGAUACAGCACCUAGUCCUGAACCAUACAAACAUCGUCGUAGUAUGACUGACAAGUCAUGUGAUGGAAACUCUGUAGUGAGCGUCUCAUCUAGUACACAGGAAAAAGUUCAACGACCUCCCGUAAGACGUUCCAUGACUAUUCCUCUCAGCUCCCUUACUAGGUCGCCUUCUUUACCUAGUUUGCCAAGAUCUGCGUCUCCACGACCUACUGAUGACCGACUGCAAGAUGAUGUUGGUAUAAAAAAGAGCAAUAGCUCCCGUGGUCGCAAUGUGGGUGUAUCAUUGUGGCGUUCAAAAAAGAAUAGCGCUUCAUCUACUAUUCUUGGAAAGUCUACGCGCGAUAAUCUACGCCUAAGUUCCCGAUGGC